CAACUAGGAGUCAGUAAUGAGCUAUACAAUAAAAAAAACGCAGAAAUAUCCCUUCCGUGCAAUAAGAGUGGAAAUACGUUCAAUCACUCUGUUGAUUUGAAGAUAACAAAGAUAUCAAUUCCAGAAAAAGAGCCGCAAUCAAAUAAUGUAACUGGAGCUGCUAGAGCUUCUUUGUCCAAUCAAUCUGACCUGGACGGACAUAACGGAUUAGAUGCAGAUAAAAAGUCUCAUCCCGAUAAUAUUAAUGGUCCAACACACAAUUCAUUUAGCGAAUCGAAGAUAGAAAAUAAAAGAUGUACAGAUAAAAAGUCGAAUGCCACCACAUUCGGUGAAACGUACAAUGAAUCUAUAGAAUUGGACAAACAUAACAAUAUAUAUCAAGAUAAUAAGGCUUAUUCUUAUAAUAUUAAUGGUACAAUGCCCACACAGUUUGGUGGUUUGAAGGAACAUAAUACAAUACAUAUAAAUGAAAUUUGUCACUCCAGUGAUGAUAGCGGAACAAAAACCAGUGAUUUAAAGCGACGAAAAUGUCAAUACGCUGGUGAUAAACCUUACUUGUGUAAUGUUUGUGGUAAGAGUUUCCGUGUAUCUGGUAAAUUGAACAUCCAUAACAGAAUACAUACUGGUGAUAAACCUUACGGUUGUAAUGUUUGUGGUAAGAGAUUCCGUGAUUCUGGAACUUUGAAGACACAUACAAGAACACAUACAGGUGAUAAACCUUACUCUUGCAAUAUUUGUGGUAAAAGUUUCAAUCAAUCUGGUAAUUUGAAUAAACAUAAAAGAAUACAUACAGGUGAUAAACCUUACUCGUGUGAUAUUUGUGAUAAGAGUUUUAAUCGAUCUGGCAGUUUGGAGAAUCAUAAAAUAAUCCACACCAGUGAUAAACCUUUCGCAUGCAAGGUUUGUGGUAAGAGUUUCAAUCAAGCUUGUGCUUUGAAGAGUCAUGAAAGAUUACAUACAGAUGAUAAACCUUACGCGUGUAAUGUUUGUGAUAAAAGUUUCAGCCAAUCUGGUAGUUUGAAGAUACAUAAAAGAACACAUACAGGUGAUAAACCUUACUCUUGCAAUAUUUGUGGUAAACGUUUCUAUCAAUCUGGUAAUUUGAAAAACCAUAAAAUAAUACAUUCCAGUGAUAAACCUUACUCUUGCAAUGUUUGUGGUAAGAGUUUUAAGCGAUCUGGAAAUUUUAACAGUCAUAAAAGAAUACAUACUGGUGAAAAACCUUACUCGUGUAAUAUUUGUGAUAAGAGUUUCAGUGAAUUUGCUAAAUUGAGGAACCAUAACAGAAUACAUACCGGUGAUAAACCUUACGCGUGUAAUGUUUGUGGCAAGAGUUUCUAUCAAUCUGAUCAUUUGAAGACACAUGAAAGAACACAUACAGAUGAUAAACCUUACUCUUGCAAUAUUUGUGGUAAGAGUUUCUAUCAAUCUGGUCAUUUGAAGAGCCAUAAAAUAAUACAUACAGAUAAUAAACCUUACGAGUGUAAUGUUUGUGGUAAGAGUUUCAGACAUACUGCUACUUUGAGGACACAUAAAAGAAUACAUACUGGUGAUAAGCCUUACUCGUGUAAUAUUUGUGGUAAGAGUUUUAGUGAAUCUGGUAAUUUGACGAAGCAUAAAAUAAUACAUACAGAUGAUAAACCUUACGCGUGUAAUAUUUGUGGUAAGAGUUUCAAUACAUCUGGUACUUUGAAAACACAUAAUAGAAUACAUACUGGUGAUAAGCCUUACUCGUGUCAUAUUUGUGGUAAGAGUUUUAGUGAAUCUAGUAAAUUGACGAAGCAUAAAAGAAUACAUACAGUUGAUAAACCUUAUGCGUGAAAUGUUUGUGGUAAGAGUUU